GGUUUGGAAUGAUGAUGUCUGGAGUAUUUUGCGGCAUUUCCUAUUUGAUCUUGAUGUUCAUUGGAGAACAGGAUGGUCCCGAACCAUCCGUAGCCGUCUGUUUAUUCCAGGCUUGCUUGGUCCAUUCAACCCCCGUUCUUGUUGUCUCUUCCGCGCUUGGUUUUGUUUUGGAACUGUUCAUUGGUUGCUUCCUGAAUUACCAAGGGAAAUCUCCUUCCCGAGCUACUCCUUUGAUCGUAUGCUUUUCAUUUGACGUGGACAAGUUUGGGCUGUGCUUAAUGACCUAGAUUUUAGGAUCGUCGAUUCUCAUGAGUCCUACUCGUGUUAUUGGAGGCUUUUGUGGUAUUUGAAUAUUUUAUUUUCAUGACACUCUGAUAUUUCUCGGCACAGAUAGGCAUUGGAAAUCCCGAUGACGUUCGAUGUAAUGACUCACACCUGUAUUGCUAUAUAACUACCUCAAUACCGUAAGUACUGUACACAGCCGUCUGCGUUUGACAUUCUUAGUACAUUUCUACUAGUAACAUCGUCUUCUGUGCACAUGAUGCCAUCUUGUCCUUAGCGAUGAUGAUCGCAGAAGGUAGACACUCGAGGGAUCAAGCGCGAAACUAAAUUAUUGCUAUUUCGAAAAAUGAUGAG